AUGAGUUCUACAAGUUCUGAAAUCAAGCCGCGAAAGCGCGAUCGCUUCAAGAAGCAGCUCCUCUCGAAAAUCGGAUUCGGAUCGCGUUCGGAUUCGCCUACUCCUUCGAUUCCCCAGUCUGGCUCGAGUUCCAUUCGAGACCUCAACCUGGAUGUACCUGGACAAGGCGAGGGCGCAACGCCCACCGAGACCGCAUCUGUGCGCGAUGGCGGAGUUCAGCCAACUGGAACCCCGUCCGUUGACGAGGGAGCUCACACUCGCCACCAGAGCUCGGUCGACGCACCACUUGCACCCACCACACACACCGACGUCGACGCGGAUAUGCCGGUCAUGUCCAGCACCGACGGAGGCCAUGCCACCACCCGUGCUAUUGCGACGAACGAAGGAUCAGUGUCGUCGACUGCGCGCACGAUCUUCUAUGGCGCCAAGGAAGUCUUGCGGGUCAUCAAGGAGACCACCGAUGUAUUCCCUCCGGUCAAAAGCGUCGCGGCCGCGAUGUUGGAAAUCCUCAUCAUGCUCGAUACUGUUGAUGGAAACCGCAAUGAAGUCAAGAAGCUGCUGGCACGCCUCCGAGUCCUCGAAGGCAUCCUCAAGUCUUGUCCCACCACGGACGUGGAGCAGUCGGUUCGAGAUCGACUGGAAGGCUUAGCCAGGAUGCUCGAACAAAAGGCGGCCGAGAUGAAGAAGAAAUUGGAUGAUUCGAUAGGGAAACGGGUAUUUAAUGCGACGGAGGAUCAGAAGGAGAUUCAGCAGGCUGUUGAAGAGGUCAGGUUCGCGAUCGAGGUUGCGAUGUUCGACGUUAGUAUCUCGGGCCACAAGGCAACCCUCAAGGUAGCGGAGGGAAUGGGCUGGGUGAAGGAGAAAGUGGUGGAGACGAAAGAUAUGGUCGAAGGGACGAAGGAGAUUGUUGACUGGUUGAAGAAGAACGAACACCUCAAGAGGAUCAAGACCGUCGCUGGAGCCGAGUUCAAGCAAGAGAACCGUCAAGGAUGUGUACCCGGAACCCGAGUCGCACUUUUGGCAAGCCUUCUUCGCUGGGCGAAGGACCCUACCUCCCACUCCAUCUUCUGGCUGUGCGGCAUGGCCGGUACUGGCAAGACGACGGUGUCGGACACCCUCUGCGCCCAACUCUACGUUGAAGGUCUCCUUGGGGCCAGCUUCUUCUGCUCGUUGGACCAUGACGCUCGGAGUGAUGUCGGCCGCAUCAUCCCGUCCCUUGCCAGGUCACUUGCAAAGGCUCGGCCCAUGUUUGCGGAGCAGCUGGUUAAGGCGCUCGAGGACAAAUGCCCUGAUGACCCCAGGGGUAUGAACCUCGAAGAUCAGUACCGUGUGCUCAUCCUCGAGCCUGCAAGAGCCGCAUUUGGGCCGGAUGAGUUGGUGGUCCUCGGCAUCGACGCCCUCGACGAGUGCACCGACAAACGCAAGCUCAAGCUCCUCCUAGACACCAUCAUGUCUCAGAAGCUCCCACCGUCGCUCAAAGUCUUCUUGACCAGCCGCCCUGACGUCGUCGUGGAAGAUGCGUUCAACUACCACCAAAAACAUCCAGAGCUUCUGCACUUGCACGACGUCGAAGAACAUAUUGUCGAAGCUGAUAUCGUCGUCUAUCUGCAUUAUCGCCUCUCGCAAGUCGUAGCCCUUCGCGGUCACGUCCGACCAGACGAUGUCCAGACCCUCGCCAAGCGAUCCCAGAAGCUGUUCAUCUUCGCAGCAACGCUGAUCAACUAUCUCGAGGGGUACAGGGGCAACGUCGUCCGGCUGUUCCGCGACCUCUGUUCGUCCGAAGAGUCGUCGCCGUCGACCAAUCGUCUCGAUUCGCUGUACCGGUUGUAUGGGCGUGUCAUGUCGCAGGCCUUCGAAGGGCUGGAACCAGUAGACGCUCAGAACGCGUUCGCGUGUCUGUCGUUGCUCCUCGUUGCGUUGAAUCCCCUGUGCGUUUCCGACUAUGCCAACCUUCUUGGACUGGCAAACGACGAUGUUCGCUCCGCCUUUCAGGGCAUGCGAGCCGUUAUCCAGGUGCCAGGGGACGACCACCGACCCAUCACGAUCCUCCACGCGUCCUUCGCCGACUACCUCACCACCGACAACCCUCAUUGUCGACGCGAAUGGGCUAUCGAUCGAUUUUCGGCAAACGAAAUGGCUGCUCUUCGUUGCUUCACUGUGAUGGACAAGGAGUUGAGGUUGGGUAUCUCGGGUGCAGUGACAUCGUACAAGUCCAACAGCGAGCAGCCCACACCGUUGCGCAUUGUGCCUCAUCUGACGUAUGCCUGUACGGCGUGGGGUAAUCAUGUCCUUGGAAUGGCCACUACGACAGGAGGUCUAUCGGAAGAAGUUCAGAAACGAUUGGACAGAUUCCUGGUGGGGAAAUCACUGUAUUGGUUGGAGGCGUUGAGUGUGGCGAAGAAGGUGGAUUACGCUUAUGAUACCUUGCCCCUUGUUUCAAAGGCUCUACCAACUCUGCCUCAUGAUCUCCAAGAUCGCCUCAUGGCUAUUGCAACAUUUUCAUCCACGUUCCGGACUCCCAUCAGCCAUAGUGCUCCCCACCUCUACCUCUCUGCCCUACCUGCCUAUAUUGCGUCUGGGUCAUCACUGUGGUUCCAUCCUCAAAUUCCUGCAAUUCCCUCACUCUCCUACUCAUAUCACAGAAGGCAACUGUGGAUCACCGAUGUUGGUUGUCCAGUGCGCUGUAUUGCCUUCUCCCAAGAUGGGACCCUCCUUGCCUCUGGGUUGGUUGACGGCACCAUCUACCUCUGGAAUCCCCAGACUAGGGAGGCACUGGAUGGGACCCUCCUUGCCUCUGGGUCGGACGACAACACCAUCUCCCUCUGGAAUCCCCAGACUAGGGAGGCACUGGAUGGGACCCUCCUUGCCUCUGGGUCGUGGGACGACACCAUCCGCCUGUGGCGUCCCCAGACUGGGGAGGCACUGGAUGGGACCCUCCUUGCCUCUGGGUCGAUUGACUGGACCAUCCGAAUCUGGAGUCUGCGGACUGGGGAGGCACUGGAUGGGACCCUCCUUGCCUCUGGGUCAGGAGACAAUACCAUCUGCCUCUGGAAUCCCCAGACUGGGGAGGCACUGGGUAAACCUCUGCAAGGGCACAGUUCAUAUGUCACCUCUGUUGCCUUCUCCCCAGAUGGGACCCUCCUUGCCUCUGGGUCGUGGGACAGGAGGAUCUGCCUGUGGAGUCCCAAAACUGGGGAGGCACUAGAUGGAACCCUUCUUGCCUCUGGGUCGUGGGACAGGAGGAUCUGCUUGUGGAGUCCCCAGACAGAUGGGACCCUCCUUGCCUCUGGGUCGUGGGACAGGAGGAUCUGCCUGUGGAGUCCUGAGACUGGGGAGGCACUGGAUGGGACCCUCCUUGCCUCUGGGUUGGUUGACGGCACUAUCUGCCUCUGGAAUCCCCAGACUGGGGAGGCACUGGGCGAACCUCUGCGAGGGCACAGUUCAUAUGUCACUUCUGUUGCCUUCUCUCCAGAUGGGAGCCUCCUUGCCUCUGGGUUGGUUGACGGCACUAUCUGCCUCUGGAAUCCCCAGACUGGGGAGGCACUGGAUGGGACCCUCCUUGCCUCUGGGUCGAUUGACUGGACCAUCCGGAUGUGGAGUCCACGGACUGGGGAGGCACUGGAUGGGACCCUCCUUGCCUCUGGAUCAGGAGACAAUACCAUCCGCCUGUGGAAUCCCCAGACUGGGGAGGCACUGGAUGGGAACCUCCUUGCCUCUGGGUCAAUUGACUGGACCAUCCAGAUGUGGAGUCCCCAGACAGGCGAGGCAUUGGAUGGGACCCUCCUUGCCUCUGGGUCAGGAGACAACACCAUCCGCCUGUGA